AUGAGUUCUCCAGUGAUCUUGUACGAUUACGACUUCUCGCCCUUCUCGCAGAAGAUGCGGUACCUGCUGCAUCUCUCGGGGGUCGAGUUCCAGCGGGUGGACCAGCCGGUGGUGCUCCCACGUCCAGAUCUGCAAGUGCUAGGCAUAACUUACCGGCGCAUCCCGGUGCUGGCCAUGGGCAAAGACGUGUUCUGCGAUACGUCGGCCAUGGUUGAUGUCGUGCAGCGGCGAUUCCAAAAGGUGCGAGCCGGGCGUGCUGACAAGGCAUUCGAAGCAUUCGCGGCGCGCUUCUUCGAGAACGUGAUUCCGGCGGUGCCAGCCAAGUUCUCGAACCCGUCCUUCAGGCGAGAUAGAGAGACGAUAUUCCCUGUGCUUGGCCGGCCCGACCUCGAGUCGCUGCGGCCGAGUGCGGUGGGCGGAGUGGUGUCGAUGCUGGGGGUGAUUGAAAACGAGUUCCUCGGCGGUGGCGGCCAGUACCUCGGCGGAGACGAGCCGUCUAUGGCAGAUGUGUACGUCGCGCCGCUUGUUCGAUGGGCGUUGCAGACGAUCGGCCUUGGGGACGAGGCGGGGAUGACGAAGGAGGACUUUCCACGAGUGCAUUCCUGGGUGUCGAGGCUGCCGGUGGUGCAGCCCGAGGCGAUUUCGGCAUUGGAGGCAGAGGUGCUGAUCCUGGAGGCCGAGUACUCGGAGGAAAAGGCAGAUGUGCCUCAGGCUGAUCCGCUCGGCAUCGCAGCGGGCGAGGAAGUGUCGGUGGAGAGUGCGGAUGCGGCGCCGGGAUGUCACCCGCAGGUGGGGCGGCUGGCGGGCUUGACGCGCGACGAGACGGUGGUCGAGCUGGAGAACGGCAUCAGGCUGCACUUUCCGCGGGCCGGGUACAUAGUGAGGCGGCGAGAGUGA